AUGGAAGGUCCCCCGAUCAACGAUGACGCCCAGCCGUAUGCAUCCAUGGCUGGGAAGCUGGACCCCCGACUCCUUAAAGCGGUCGACGUGAUGGGGUUUGCAACCAUGACGGCUGUCCAGCAGCGUGUGUUGACCGAGCUCCCGAACUGGCGCAGUGACUGCCUCGUCCAGGCCAAGACCGGAACAGGAAAAACCCUAGCUUUCCUGCUGCCGGCCUUGCACUGCCUUCUCCAAUCGGCGCCCCCAAGGGGCCAGGUCGCUAUCUUGAUCAUCACUCCCACGCGAGAGCUGGCCCAGCAGAUUGCAAAGGCAUGCGAUCAAUUAACGUCGCAAAUUGCGAAGCCUUUGGAGUGUCAUAUUGCUGUUGGUGGGACGGCGCGGGCCUCGGCUCAUUCGCGCUUCAUGAAGGGGUCGCCUUCCGUUCUUGUGGCCACCCCAGGGCGACUGAAGGAUUACCUCUCUGAACCCUCCACGGCGGAGAAGCUGUCGAACAUUCAAACUCUGGUUUUGGACGAGGCCGACACGAUGCUUGAGACUGGUUUCCUGGCUGAUGUGAAGCAAAUUCUUCGACUUAUUCCACCAAAGAGCACGGGCUGGCAGGGUAUGUGCUUCUCAGCAACGGUUCCGCCCAAGGUCAAGGAUGUGGUCAGUGUUGUGUUGAAGCCAGGCUACACGAGCAUUUCCACCAUUGAGAAGAACGAAGUGCCAACGCAUGAGAGAGUGCCCCAGUACCACGUGUUGAUACCGUCAGUGGCAGAUACUUUUACCACCCUUGCUUCCCUUCUCAACUUUGAAAGCAAGAAUAGCUCGAAAAUCAUUGUUUUUGGCGUUACUGCAAACAUGGUUGCCCUCUUAGCAGCCGUGUUUUCUCGCGGCUUGACUCCCCUGAAGGUGUUUGAGAUCCAUUCCAGACUCAGCCAGAGCGCUCGCACAAAGACCACGGCUCAGUUCAAGGAGGCCUCUUCCGGGAUUAUGUUUGCUUCAGAUGUUAUUGGCCGCGGCAUGGAUUUCCCGAAUGUCGACCUGGUCAUUCAGGUCGGCCUUCCAUCAAACGGCGAACAGUACGUCCACCGUGUUGGCCGAACCGCCCGUGCCGGCAAUGAUGGCCGCGCAAUCAUCCUCCUCACGCAAGGCGAGUCCUUCUUCCUGAGGAACAACCGCCACCUGCCCAUCCAGCCCCACCCGCAGACCAACGCGAUCACAGAAGGCGCUCCCGCAUGCGCCGAUGCCGUCACUCAGGCCAUGUACACCCUAGAAGAGUCGACCAAGCAACGCGCCUACUCGUCUUUCAUUGGAUUCUUCGCUGGAUCAGGUCUUCUGAAGCAGCUCCGACUCGACAAGGCCGGCCUUGUCCAGCUCGCCAACGAAAUGGCCAUGAAAGGCAUGGCAUGCCCUGAACCCCCACCAAUGGACAAAAAGGUCAUUGGCAAGAUGGGACUGAAGGGUGUUCCUGGAUUCAACUAUGGGAAUGGAGAGGACUUGAACGGAGAUAGUCAUCGAUUCCGCGGUCCUCCGAAGGGCAGGCCUCGUGAUGUGCUUGGUCCCGGAGCUGGUCACGGAGACCGGGGCAGUGGAGUUGAGAAGAAGCGUGGAGGUGGAGGUGGCCGCGGGGGAGGUCGCGGUAGAGGAGGACGGGGUGGAAAUCAGAGAGCAGGAUAA